CAGGAGCAGUCAGCAGGGGCGAGUCCAGACAGGUCUAUGUAGUUCACCCCAGGCAGCCCGGCUUGCACCAUGGAUCUGUCCACACUGGUUGGGGCAUUCGGGUUCAUUUUACUGAGCACUCCUUUUCCCGUGGAAGCCGAUUUUCCGACCGGGGCUCGAGUGGCCGAGAGGUGUUACUGCGAGCUGGAGAUGUCGGACGGGCCAUUCCCACGGCGGCGCUUUGAGCAACUACUUUCACUCAGCGAGAACUGUAGCCAGAGCCUGAAUGUCGAGCAGUUCAACGAACCUGUUGAUAUUAUUGCUGACAUUGAGCAAAGACUAGAGAAGCUUGUGCACUGGAUUAGUGUACUUGAAGAGGAAUAUGACGGUGAUCUGUACAGUAUUGUCUCAUUUCGGAUCAUUGAGAUUGAAUCUGCUGAGCUGACUGAUUUAGUUAACCAGCUUCAAGAAUUGAACUCUCGGAACCAAGGGAUUGUAGCCAAGUUUGUUGUGCAGGUGCAAAAUAUUACUGACGAGGUGAAUACACUUGAAAAAUACGACCGACUUAAAGUAGUAAAAGAGCAUAGAAGAAACAAGAUCCUGAAGAGGAGUCUGUCUUCUUGCCAGAGUGCACUGUUAGUGACACCAACGCCAUAUGUCACUCCACAACCAGGUUCUUGUUCAUUUGGAAAAUUAGUAGACGUUUCUGAUCCAAAGAGUUCAAUGCUCAAUCAUUUUGGGGCAUCCUACCGAUAUGGUUGUUGGGGAAUGGACCCAUGGCCGGCUCCUGGAAAAGAGGAACAGUAUUGGCUGAUGAUUCUCUCAAGUAGCAAUAGGUUUGGAAAUAAGAUUCGUGUUUUCAAUUCUUACAGUAAAUUUCUCACCAGCAGUAGUGCUGUUGAUGUGACAUUUAAAACCCAUAAUGCUCAAGGCUCCGGUGGAGUAAUGUACAGAGAUGCAUACUAUUACAACUGCUACAAUUUGGGUCAGCUCUGUAAGUUUGAUAUGACCACACAGGAGAUUUUCUCUGUCAAACUGCCUUACGCUGGUUUUAAUGACAAGUUUCCAUAUUGCACAAUUUCUUCUUGUUAUGGGUACUCAGACAUGGAUCUGGCAACAGAUGAAAAUGGGCUCUGGGUACUUUAUGCAACUGAACUAAAUUAUGGAAACCUGGUUGUCAGUCAGCUCAAUGCAACUGACAUGUCAUUACUCAAUAGCUGGAACACCACUCUAUACAAACGAUCAGCAACCAAUGCCUUUUUGGUGUGUGGCAUUGUGUAUGCUACCAGAUAUUUGAAUUCUGAGUUUGAAGAGAUUUUUUAUAUGUUUGACACAACCACUGGAGUUGAACAGAAUAAUUUGGCUAUCCGGGUCCGAAAGGUCUUACCUGGCAUCCAGUACAUGAACUACAACCCACGAGAUAAAUUGUUGUAUGUGUACAGUGAUGCCUAUGUUGUUAGUUACAGUUUAUUCUUUGCAUAGACCGUACUGAGAUUCCUGAGAUUAAUGAAAUUAAACCAAAAACCAUAUGAAUUAAAAUAUAUUUUGGACUGAUUUUUAAAAAGAAAAGCAUACUUGGCAACCCUUGGAACAGCUUUGUGGAAAAACAAGCAUUUCAAUUAUUUCCUUAAAAUUUCAGUUAAAACUUUUAUGUAUUACUUUGCACCAGUUUUUAAUUUGGUAUUUGCACCUAAAAUGCUGAGAUCUGAUAAGAUCUCAGAUUUUUUUAGAGAAAUAAUAUUGAAUUUUGCAAACAAUCUAUUACUGCCUGCUUUGUGCCUGUUGUACUGUUUAAAUUAAUAACUAAUAUUUGUCUGGAAAGGUGCUUACAGAUCCAAGAGCGAGACAAGUCCUGUAGCUGUACAAGAUCUUCAGCAAUUACAUUGGCUGUGUACAUGUGACUUGAAUCCAUAUGAAUCAGGCUGAUACUUGUUGGGAUUGGACUUGCUGCUUUGGCAGAGAACACAUCAGAGCUACACUAUUGAAAUGGUUAAGUUACUGGAACAGUUGCCAGAGAUCCAAAUCACUGAUCCAGAAACACAAGUUUAAAACCCACCAAUGGCAGCUAGGGUAUCCAAAUUUGGGGCACAAAAUAACUGAGGAAUUUCAAAAGACAAAAACAUAAGAGCAGUCGCUGAAGAUGCUGGAAAUCUUGAUCAAGGAGAAUCUAUGGAGGGAAAUAAGCUGUUGACCUUUCAGCCCAAAAUCCCUAUAAUCAGGAGGGUUUCACCUGAAAAGGUAGUUCAUUUCCCUCAAUAAAUGCUGCCUGACCUGCUGAGUUCCUCCAGCAUUUUGUGUGUGUUGCAACAGAUCAGAAAUUGUAGUCUCAGAACUGCCAGAUUAUCAUGUAAAAACUAAGGCCCUUUAGGAAGGAAAUCUGCAAUCCAUGCCUGAUCGGCUGCAGACACACCAACAUGGUUAAGUAACUCUGACUGCCUUCUCCACUAGAAAAUAUAUGUUAGAUAUGGAUAUAUGAGCAGGGAAAAAAACUUCCAAAAAUGCUGGCAAAGAAACAGGAGAUUGGUGUAGUAAACUGUCUGGACAUGCCCUUCUGCUGACUGCUCCUGUGGCUCCUCCCACAGACCCCUGUAUAAAGGCGAUUGGGGCACUGCUCCUCCCUCAGUCCUUGACAUGUUGUGCUCCCUUUUUGCUGUUAAUAAAAGCCUUAAUAAAAUCGUUCACUUCCAGUCUCCUAGAGUUAUUGGUGGUGCAUCAGUUGGUUAGUACACGUGAAAGAAGGAACAGGUAAUAGUUCAGGUCAAUAACCUUUUUCCCAGAAUGCAUCUGUCUGGACCAAGUACAUAACUACUUGCAGUAACUGCCAGCUGACCAGCACUUGAGAGGAAUUGACUGCACAUGUUGGAUUCAAGUUGAGUUGGUUGAAUGUACAUUCAAAUAUAGCAUGAUCUUUCCUGUACUCUGCUGAUCUAACACUGUGUUUUAUCAAAGUCAGGGUAGUAUUAUUACCUAAUCAUCCUCUGUUCUUGAUCAAUAUUUGGUGCUGGAACUACAGUACAGGUUAAUAUCAUAUUUCAUUGAGAUUAUUAAGCCUACGGUGACAAUUGGAUCAGGUCUGGAAAACUAAAAUUCCUCAGGUUCUGGUUGGGUUUAAAUUCUGAAACCCAAGCACACUCUUCAGUCAUUCAUGUCUGUCUGGACUGAGUUCACAACAGUUCCAGCAACUCACAUCCAUUCAUAACAUCAGCAGGAACUCAAGCCUAUUUAGACUAGGUGUGUGGUGUAUUUUGUUGCUUGGAAUAUAUUACAAAAUGCAAGAUUUAGCAAGUUGGAACACAAACUGAGAUUGUAAACACAGUGAUCACAGCAUUUGGCACAACUUUGCUACUGUAUUUUGGUAUUUAAAUAUUUCACCAAAAGCUUCCUUUCAACCCGCUGCAUUACUGUUACUAUGCGAAAUAUAUACGUUGUUAAACUAAAAACAGUUAAAUAUUAAA